AUGCUAAGGCUUUGGGUUCCAACCAAGGAAAAUGUAGCGGAUCAUGCUACAAGGAUAACGUUGGCCCAUAAAACCAACUAUGACCGGUGGUUUGUGGGCCCAGUGUUUCUUUACGGGCCUGAAGAAACAUGGCCAAAAGAAAGCUGCGAGCCACAAGUGCUGACUUUGACCGUAAUCGAAUGGAAGACCAACAGAAACGAUCCACCACAUAUAGAAAUAUUCUCGCAGUGUAAACGGCUGAAAAGAGCCACAGCUUACGUACAACUAUUUAUACGCAAGCUUAAAGAUCACAAUGGCCGAUUAAGCGUAAGCGAUCGGUUACUUCGUGUACGUGGGCGGUUAAAAUCACAGAUAACAGAGGUGACAUGGAAUCCCAUUCUAUUGGAUGGGCGUCAUACGCUUACAAAAGGACGCCGUAAUGAAAAGCCAUGGGAUGCGACUUUUACGUGCCUAAGUAUAAGAGCUGUACAUAUUGAGAUAGUUGCGCUGAAGCACGUUACCAAAAGAACGUGGAAGACGGCGCAAGCAUUAGCCGAUGAAUUUUGGCGAAGAUGGGUUAAGGAAUAUCUUCCUACUUUAAACGCCAGGAGACACACGCCCAGAAUGAAAAGCCCUGUAAAGAUCGGCGAUGUGGUCAUCAUUAUGGAUCCCUUGCGGCCGCGCAAUGUGUGGCCGCGGGGAAUUAUUACAAAAACGCAUAGAGGGCCUGGUGGAGAAUCCCGAUCAGUAGAAGUGGAAUCGAAACUUCAUAAGCUGAGGCGACCGGUGAUGCGAAUCGUUGUCCUACCUACGGAAAGCUUCCAGUCAUUGGAAGGUUUCGCUGAGGGGAGACUGUUACGGACAACGAACAAUGCAAUUUAG